UCCAGCCCUGCUUCAGAUGCCUCAGCUCCGCAGCACCAUGAAGUUCUCUGCAGCCGCUCUGGUCGCUCUCCUCCUCGUGGCUGCCUGCUCCCCAUCUGAGGCCCAUCUCAAUGGUGUCCCCACCACGUGCUGCUUCACUUACCAGCAACGCCCCAUCCCACGGCACCUCAUCACCCCUGCUUAUAUCACCAGCAGCAGCUGCAGCCAGCCAAGAGUGAUCAUGAUCAUCACCAAGAAGGAGCUGUGCACAGAUCCCAGGGGUCCUGGCUGCAGGCACAUCUGCAGCGCUUCCAGAGCCUGAAGAACUGACCCUUCCCCUUUGCCACCCGUCAUGCCCCUGGUGCUUCCCCAGCCCCGAGUACACAAGAGACCACUUGGACUGCAGCCU